AUGUCGUCUGCCCAUCCUCACCUUCUAAAUAGCCAAGAAGAGGCCGAAUUGGGUAGUGAUCUCUCCUUGAAUCAGCUUGUCCUUGAGCGAAGCCAAACUGCCACCAAGACUGCCGAAGACAUCAAGCAGGAAGAACUACUCAGACGAGCAGCAGAUAAAAAGAACAAUUAUGACAAUCUCGGUGCUUUUCCAGCACCUGCAAUUUCCAGACGACCAGUUGCAAAUGCACGGAAGAAAGCACCAGAUAAUGUUACCGCUAAAGCAGUCGGUACAAACGCUAGAGAGGCUGAUGAUCAAAGGCAAAAAGACGAGCUUGCCUUGUUGAGAGUUGUAGCUGAGCGAUCUGCCACUGCCAGCAGAGAAGAGGCAGAAUUGGCAGAAAGCACUAACAAGAGCAACAGCACAGUGGCGGUUGGAAGCAGACCCGUCGGAUCACAAGCUUUCAAUCCUGGUGAUUAUGUUUCUGAAAAAGGGGACACCAUCAACCUCAUGGCCAUUGCGGCACAAAGAAGUGUUGAUGAUGAUGCUACACCCAGCAUGGCAGUAACAGAUAGUCAUGCUCCUCCUGAUGCUUCUGGCGAUGUUGUUACAUUUAAUCCUGCAUCGAAUCCAGCUGCGGGCAUUGAAUAUGACCAUCAAACAGGGCGCCCGAUGACCAAGCACAGCCUACCACCAGGCUCUGUCACUCCUGGUGCUUAUUCAGGAGCGCCAGGUGCCAACUAUCAAGCCGUGGAUCCAGUGAGAUUGGAUGUGCUGGGAGCAUCUUCUCAGCCAAGGCAGGAGGCACCAGGACAAAUAGAAGAUGCGGAAGCCAAUACUGCCGAGACUUUGGAGGAGAAGAAAAGAAAUCCUGCGGUGAUUGGUGCAGCAAUUGCUGUACUGGUGGUAGUUAUCAUUCUGGCAAUUGCCAUUCCGCUGGCUGUUGAGGGGGGAAAUGGUGAAUCCCCUAAAAUGGAGAAUAACCAAGAACUCAGUAUCGAUAAGGAGCUACUUCCCAAUGCCCCUAUUUCCACGUGGGAAUCCAUUGUCAAUGAUCAAGAAUCACCCCAAUUAAGAGCCUACACCUGGCUGAAUCUUGAUCCCAACCUAGCAAGCUAUGAAAUUUGGCAAAAGGAACAGAGAUUUGCUUUGGCCUCCUUCUACUAUGCCUUCAACGGUAUGACAUGGAAUAUUCUUCAAACACAAAAAGAGUGGCUUGGCUACGAAACCAAUGAAUGUGAAUGGGGGGGCUUCUAUUCGGGUUCUUUGUACAAUCAUUUGAGUUGUAACAAUAAUGAUAGGGUAACAAUGAUUGCUGUGACAAGAGAGGCUAACUUCCGUGGAACACUUCCGCCUGAGAUAUCCUUAUUGGGAACCUUGAAAGAGCUGAAGUUCAGGGAUUCACAAUUAUCAGGCAUGAUUCCAUCCGAGGUUGGUUUGCUGUUGUCAUUGACUGACAUUGACUUGAGCAGCAACCAAUUGGCAUCCUUCCUUCUGAGAUUGGCUUGUUGA